AUGGGAAAACAGAAGAAGAAGGGCCAAUCCGGCCAGGCAAAGAACUAUAUCACCAGAACCCAAGCUGUGCGCAAACUCCAGAUAUCUCUACCGGACUUUCGAAGACUCUGCAUUUUCAAAGGCAUCUACCCUCGAGAGCCGAGAAAUAUCAAAAAAGCAAGCAAGUCUGCCACCCACUCCACCACCUUCUACUACACCAAAGAUAUCCAGUACCUUCUGCAUGAGCCAUUACUGGGCAAAUUCCGGGAACAGAAGGCACUCGAGAAGAAGAUCGCCCGAUCGCUUGGUCGCAACGAAGUGCAGGAUGCAGUGCGGUUGGAGAAACAUGGCAUGCGCACGAUCAAAUUGGACCAUAUUGUGCGAGAACGAUAUCCUACCUUUGUCGAUGCCCUCAGAGAUCUCGAUGAUGCGCUCUCCCUAUUGUUCCUCUUUGCCAACCUGCCCUCAACCACUGAAGUCCCUGCCAGGGUCAUUUCUCGUUGUCAGCGUCUCUGCCACGAAUUCGAGCACUACCUCAUCGCCACAAACUCGCUUCGCAAAUCCUUCCUUUCGAUCAAGGGCAUCUACUAUCAGGCGACCAUCCAGGGCCAAGACAUCAUGUGGCUGGUGCCGUACAAAUUUGUGCAGCGAGUGACUCAAGAUGUGGACUACAGGAUAAUGGGCACAUUUGUGGAGUUUUACUGCACCCUUCUGGGCUUCGUCAAUUACAGGCUCUACACCUCAAUCGGUCUUGUAUAUCCUCCUAAGUUUGAUACGGCAAGUGACGAGCGAGGCGCUGAGUUGGCAGCCUUCACUCUCGAGGGUCGUCAAGUGGCCGGCGCCAUUGAUCAAGGCCAAGAACAGUAUACGAUCGGCAACGGACAUGCACAGAAUGGGAACACAGAGGUGGUGCAGGCUCAAAUUGACAAGAUCGCCCGGGAAACCGCAGCAGAUGGGAGAGUCGAGCAAGACGAGCAGCCAGAAGACCAACCAGAAACCAACGGCAUUGAUACAUUUACACCUGCAGCACCGGAGGGCGACACCCUGCCCCAGCCGGAUGUGACCUCUGAAGAUGCCGCGCGGCUCUUCUCCGACUUUACAUUCUUCAUCUCCCGCGAAGCACCCCGCCACCCCAUUGAAUUUCUGCUGAGAGCAUUUGGCUGCAAGCGAGUUGGCUGGGACAAUGUGCUCGGCGAAGGAGCCUUCACGCAUGACGAGACCGACCCAAGGAUCACACACCAGAUUGUUGACAGACCUGCCCCGGCGCAACCGCUUCCCACUUUGCAGGGCCAGGAAGAGACGAAGGACCAGAACCUCCAGAUGGUCAAGCCUGGGUUUAUCAUGCCGGGCAGGAUCUAUGUCCAGCCACAAUGGAUAUGGGACUGCGUGAACGAGGGGAAGCUGUUGCCAACCAAUCUCUACGCGCCUGGAGAAACUCUACCUCCUCAUCUGAGUCCUUGGAUCAAACCCACGAGUGGCCAAUACGAUCCAAGAGCAACUCUAGAAGAGCAGGAGCUAGAAGGCGAGGCCGAAGCCGCUGCACAUGAAGAAGAUGAGGAGCUGGCAGAAGAGGCUGGUCACAUCGCUGGAGAAGACGAUGUUGAGGACAAUGAGCAUAGCGAGAAAGAUGGCGAGGAUGGGGACGAGGAUAUCGACGCUGGUGAAAUGGAUGUUGCAGGGUCAGAAGAAGAAUCUGAUUCGGAUGAGCACGAUCAAAAUGUUUUCGCUGGCUUCGAAGACGCUGCGGAGGAGACGUCUGACCUUGAUGAGGAAGCCCAACAUCAGAAAGAACUUGAAGCUGAAGCAGCCGGCCGAGCUGUGAAACCCGACGUGAAUGGGACUGACAAAAACACGAAGGUCAUCAAAGCUCGACAGCUGGAGCGGACAAGGAAGGACGAGGAAAUCGAGCGCCAGAAGAUGAUGAUGAGCAACAAGAAGCGGAAACUGUUCGAAAAGAUGCAGUACUCGAACAACAAGCGUGACGUACAGGCAGAAAAGCUGCGGAGCAAGCGAAGAAAGUUGGAAGCGAGUGGAAGGAGAUGA